AUGAUUAUCAUUCCAUUGGGAAAAAUACCCAAAACUUUUGGCGCUAAACCAGACUUUGAAAGAAGUAGUAGGAAGAACUCGUCUUCCAGAGCCAUCUUAACCACCACUGCUUUGCGCUCACAAUCAGUCAAAUCAUUGAUGUAUUUCAAAAAGAUUGGCCGAUUAUUAACCAUAGUCAGCACUAGUAGCAUAGAGAAAGUGCUGUCACUACAAGAAGAAGAGUUGAAAUUCUUGGAUAACGUCCGCAACUGUAUAAACAUAAGGAUCCGAUGCGAUCGCGAUUACGCCUCGUCUUUGCUUAUGGUCGCCGUUUGCGGACAGAAGUGUCACUUCAAUGACAACAUCGGCAACACUAAUAUCGGGACCGUUUGGCGAACCAUUGCCGACGAGACCCACGAGUUGAGCAAAUUGAUGGCCAAUAGUGCCGAUGAGUUGACACACGAAGUGCUGGAACUCAUCGAUGAAUUAGUGUCCGAGAAGAAGGCUCUGAGG